AUGCCUCACACCACCCAGUCGUCCCACAGAUCAACCAAGCCCCCCACCACCACACUCUCCAACAUCUCCUGGAACCCCACCCCCCACAACCACAUCAACCACUCCUUUACCUCCCUCCACGACCCCUUCAGCCCCAUUGACUCCUCCCGCACCGCAAUGUUCUCUCGCUUCGCCGCCGCCAUCAAGGUCACCGAAGCAGAAGGCGUAGCCAACCAUCUCCAGCGCGAACUUGAGCGUCUGUUUGCUGUUGCUAGACUUCCUGAUCAGAGUCCUGAGGGUAGGGAGAGGGCUGUUGAGCAAGGGUUUGAGGCGUACAAGAUGCUUGAGGUUUGUGAGAGGGAUGUGGAGUUUUUGAAGAUGAAGGCUUUUGCUUGCAAGGAGGAUGCUGAGAUUGGUGAUCUUGAUGUCGCACUUUCUACUCCUACCAAGAAGGGCAAGGAGGUCAAGAAGAGCAAGAUGCACUGA